UAGUCCGUUUUUCUAAUUAUCAUAAAAUAUUCAGCAGCAUCCCUCCGACUGUCUGUGAACAAGUUAUCAUGAGUUACAAAGGUAACCUUUUGUUUUGGGCCGGCUGACUUUUUGGAGCACCUGAGAAAAACUAGUAACUGAGAAAUUAAUGGUAACUAUUAAUUGCGUGGUGACUUUCUGUCAGUCUAAAGAAAACCUGUUUCUCAGUGCUCGUGCUUUAACCAUCUUAUUUAUUUUUUAAUUUUAUUUUUUUUUUAGAACUUUUUAAUCCAAAAAGAUGUGGGCUUUCCUGGGAAUAGCCAGCUUCACAUACCUUUACAAAAAAUCCAACUCAGUCUUGACUUUCGCUCACAAAGAGCUUGUGAUGGCCGCAGUCUUAUUUCUUACAGUCGGGCUGCUGCUGUCGUAUAUCAGAUAUCAGAAGCUCAGAGUCUCUCAGGUAUUUCAUUGGCCUCUGAGCAUCUUGUCUUUUUUACCUGUUAUCAACAAUUUCAUCCCCGAAACAACAACACAGAGGAGAGAGCAAGCAGAGAACUGUAAAAAGAGCCGGAGAACAAGGAAAAGAGUAGAUCUGGAGGCCUCAACCUCACAGAGUGCCUCAGCUAGUGGCCCGUCAGUGGCCCCAGAGCCAGAUGUGGUGAUCGUUGGGGCAGGGGUCCUGGGCUCAGCUAUGGCAGCUGUCUUAGCCCAGGACGGGAGGAGGGUGACUGUGGUGGAGAGGGACCUGAAGGAGCCUGACAGGAUAGUGGGAGAGCUGCUGCAGCCUGGAGGAUACAGGGCGCUCAAAGAGCUGGGACUGGAAGGUUCAGUGGAAGGUCUGGAUGCCCAUCUGGUGAAUGGCUAUGUGAUCCAUGACAUGGAGAGCAGCACAGAGGUGGAGAUCCCCUACCCCCAGGUGGAGAACAGCAUCCACUGUGGACGCGCUUUCCAUCACGGUCGAUUCAUCAUGGGCCUGAGGAGAACUGCCCUGGCCCAGCCAAAUGUCACAUUUGUAGAAGGCACCGUGACCAGUUUGCAGGAAGAGGACGGCUGUGUAACUGGAGUCCAGUACAAGGAUAAAGAAACUGGAGACAUCAAGGAAAUCCAUGCAGCACUGACUGUUGUGGCUGAUGGCUGUUUCUCCAAAUUCAGAAAGAGUCUGGUCUCGGGGAAAGCUCAAACCUCCUCUCACUUUGUUGGAUGCCUUAUGAAGGACUGUCCCCAGUUUAGAGCCAACCACGCUGAGCUGGUGCUGGCCAAGCCGAGCCCGGUGCUCAUCUACCAGAUCUCCUCCUCACACACCAGAAUACUCGUGGACAUCAGGGGGGAGAUGCCUCGCAACCUCACAGAGUACAUGGCUGAGAAGAUUUACCCUCAGCUGCCAGAGCAUUUAAAGGAGCCUUUCAUGGUGGCACUACAGAACGAUCGACUCAGGUCCAUGCCUGCCAGCUUCCUCCCUCCCUCCCCUGUCAACAAGCCAGGCGUGCUUCUCCUGGGCGAUGCUUACAACAUGAGGCAUCCUCUGACGGGAGGAGGGAUGAGUGUUGCUCUCAACGACGUUCGCAUCUGGAGGAGUCUGCUAAAGAACAUUCCAGAUCUGUACGACGACACGGCCAUGCUGCAGGCAAAGAAAAAAUUCCACUGGGAACGCAAGUCAUCACAUUCUUUCGUGGUGAAUGUGUUGGCCCAGGCUCUGUAUGAGCUGUUUGCAGCCACAGACAAUUCUCUUCAUGAGCUGAGAAAAGCCUGCUUCCAGUACUUCAAGCUGGGUGGAGAGUGCAUCGCCGGGCCUAUUGGACUCCUCUCAGUGUUGACCCCCAAACCAAUGACCCUUAUUGGACACUUCUUUGCUGUUGCGCUGUACGCAAUCUACUUCAACUUCAAGACUGAGUCAUGGUGCACCAAACCCCGAGCUCUAUUCAAGAGUGGAGCCAUCCUGUACCGAGCCUGCACUGUCAUGUUUCCGCUUAUCUACUCUGAAUUCAAGUACCUGGUGUACUGAGGAUCUUUACAUGUGGACACAGAAAAAACAAAACUCAAGGUCCUUACAGACACAGCUUUAUUGGCAGCAAAAAAACCUGCAAAUGUUGGUAUUGUGUCUUUGUGUCUAAGUGUCUUCGUGCUGAAAAGGGCACUGUUGCUGGAUUAAAUGAUUUUACUAUUGAGGAUUUAAAAAAAAAAAACUAUGCUCUUGCCUUACUGAAGAUGUCAUUGUCCUAAUGUCCUUCUUAAUGCCUUUGUUCAAUUUUGGCAUUUAAACAUGCCUGUGGAAUUAUUCCUGCCCAUCAGAAAUGCUAUGUAGAACAUAGCAUCUGAACUGUGCAAUAAUGAUUUUGCAUUAGAGCCACUUUUCUGCUGUAUAUUUGACUUUGCUAAUUUUUGGCUGUAUUUAAUAUGGAAAUCUUCAUGUAUCAUUUUUAAUCUGAAGCACUGAUGAUGGGAUGACAUAAAACAGCGAGCUGUCUUAAUUAUUAUGAUGUAAUUAAUAAAAAAAUCCAGUAUAUUUUUUAGCCUGUUUUGCAGAGGGAAAUAUCUGCUGUUAUUUGUCCAAAUCACACACUGUAAUAAUCACUUCCUGCCUUCCUGAUAAUGUUGAUCUUUACAUAGUGUCAUAAGGGAGUUUUUAUAACACAUUUUGGUUUCUACACUCAGUCUGAAACAUGCUGACAAAACUAUACUCCCAGAACUCAAGGAUGAUCCCUGCACUAUUUUAGUCUUGCUGGAUGUCAGUAAAAACCUGACACAGCAUGCCUGGGGGAAGUUUGGGUUUGACGGGGGCCUGAGAUCGAAGAAAUGAUGCUCAUAACAGGACCAAGUCAGCGAAUGAUGCUCAGGUGAUGUUUGUCCUGAGCUGACAGAGACGAGGAACUCCUGACAUGUUGUUCACCACAGAGACCUGCACUGUUGUGUUUACCUGUGCCUGUGUUGGGCUUGAUGAGCCGUUAAAUAAAUCAUACAUGACAGACAAGAAUUGUUUUUCAGUUAUCCUGUCUUAUAAGAGCAAACUUCUUUGAAUAAUUUGUAUAAUUACCAAGUUUUCCCCCCUGAUUUAAUAUCUGACAACAUUGAAACGUAUAAUCCAGUUAGAGACAGUAAACCAAGUUUAACCCUUUUGGACGAGCACUAACAAAUACGACCAUUAGAUGGCGCUCACUCACAAGUGAAAGAUUUUUAACAGUUCAGCUCUCAGGAUAUGGAUAUGGUUCGAGUUACUCUGCUGUGCUUCAGCAUUGAACUUUAGGAUACAUAUAUAAUGGAAUAUGACAAAUUGUUGAGAUGCAAGAGUUUACAAAAUUAGUUUGCUGUCAAUUUUUUGCUGCGGCUUUUUAUAUCUGGGUUGGUUUCAACAAAUCAUAGAAGUAACAUUGACAUUAAAGAGGCUGUGAUAUUUUUCCCAAAUUUAAUUAAAUGUAGCAGUCAGCCAGUGAUCAGAGCAGGGUAAAUAUAUAUAUCUUGAGGGCUUUUAAGUAUUUGCUUGGCAAAAAAAAAAAAAAAAUCUAAAUAAAUAAAUCAUAUACGAUGUCUUAUUCUUUUCAUAUAAAAUCCUUUCACAAUAUUUUUUACUCUACAGCCAUACCAACUCUAUGUUCAUAGAUUUGUUUUCCGUUAUAUGAAGUGAUUAUACUAACAGAGACUCAGUGGUGAAUCAUGUUGAUGAGUUUGCACUCUGUAUUUUUAUUUGGAAAAAUUAAGGUUCUUUCAACGUUACUUUCAAAGUAAAAUCUGAUCUUCCUUCAACUGACAGGGACUGUGGAUGACCAUAGGGGUAAUGUUACAGUCAGGCUGUGUUUACGUGUUUCUGCUAUUUAACUGGAUUCUAGAGAUGCCAUAUCCUGGUUUUUGGAGCGAACUGGCAAGAGAUCUAGGCUCUUGUUUAUUUUAUUUUUUUAUCUCAGUCCUGCAUUGAAACUUUAAACCAUGUUCAGUUAAAAGUAGCUAAGACAAAACAGAUCAUUUUCUAAACC